AUUCACGCUUAUGAAGGUUUCAGUCUUCUUCAUCGUCUUCUCUCCUCUUCCUAUCCUCUCUCUCUCUCUCUCUCUCUCUCUCUCUCUCUCUCUCUGCUCCUCGAUCUGCGUCGCAUGCAAGAUGCCAUCUGCCCUCUUUGUGAAAGGACCCUUUCCUUUCCCUCCGGUGACAAUUCUGAUGCCCCAGCUUCUUCCCUCUGGGAUGUUGGUAGUGUUUACUUCGGGCCAAACCAUCCGAUGAAGCCUCACAGGCUAUGCACGACUCACCAUCUUGUUCUCUCAUACGAACUUCACAAGAAGAUGGAAAUAUAUCGCCCACAUAAAGCAUAUCCUGUUGAGCUUGCCCAGUUUCAUUCAGCUGACUAUGUUGAGUUUUUGCAUAGGAUUACACCUGACACUCAGCCUUUGUUCUCCACAGAAUUGGCAAAAUUGUUCGCUGUGAUAUGGGCAGUUUAUUGUUGUGCUUCAUUUGCUUGGAUCGGUCAAGACAUUCUUAAAUUGACAAAAGACUAUUGGUUGCGUGAGGGAAUCAUUGUUAAGGUUAUGAGCAAGGCCUUGGCAGAGAAGGGGUAUGGAGUAUUUCUUUUACAAUGGAGUAAUAUGGAGAGAUAUGGAGAGAUAAAAGACGUAUUUUUGGAUGGUGCAAAAGGAGAAGGGAAGAAGGACAUGGAGUAUUUCUUUCACACUUGGUUCUCUCUCAUUCACCAGCUUCAGCCCCUCGCCGUUAUAUUUUCUGAUGCUGGUCUUGACACUAGGUGGGUUGGGAAUGAACUUGGUCUUGGUGCCUCUACUUGUUGGUCUAUUUACAACUCCACUCUCACUCCAAUUCAUGGCAUUUACAAUGAUCCUCGAUAUGCGGCUGAGGGAGAUUCGGCUGGUCAUGAGUGGGUACCUGCCCUCUGUGAUGUCUCAAUCAGACCUGAUAUGGUCAAGAAUAAAGGCUUCUUGCCAUCGGGCCGCUCAGAAAUUCAUAAACAAAGAAAUCAGAUAAAGGCUAUUAUCAACUCUUUGCUUCCAGCUUGCAACAGUGCUGAUCCAGAUACUCAUGUUGCAUUUAACGCAGAUGCAAUAAUUGCCAACCCUCCAGCAUACGGGCAUACUCAUGUUGCUGAGUUACUAAAAGUUCCACUUCACAUAUUCUUUACAAUGCCAUGGACGCCAACAUAUGAAUUCCCUCAUCCUCUUUCCCGCGUUAAGCAACAAAUGGCAUACAGAGUGCAUCAUGAGGGUGCUAGAACAACUGCUGCUGGUCUUAGAGCUGUUUGCCCAACAAUAAUUGUACCAUUCUUUGGGGACCAGCCAUUUUGGGGAGAGCAAGUGCAUGCCAGAGGAGUAGGUCGGGCACCGAUUCCACUGGAUGAAUUUACAUUAGGUAAAAAGGAAUGCCGAAGAACUUGCCGAUGCCAUGAAACAUGAAGAUGGGGUGGCAGGAGCAGUUGCAGCCGUCUAUAAACAUUAUCAUCCUCAAACACCUGAUUCCGAGACCAACCAUCAACCGGUAGCCACCGUGCCUAGACUUGGGUUCUCCUUCCUAGGAUGCUUUGGUCUCUCUAGAUCUAAAUCCACAACUUCUAGAUAGAUAUAAAUCCUCGUACAGCUAACUGGCUCACUUAAAUCACAUGUUCACCCUUCAGUCUAUUCUAAUGUAAUGUGCCAUUAAGAAAUGUAAAUCGUGUUUUUUUUAAUUCUGUGUAAUCAUCUCCAUGGAUAUUUCUGAAUGAUCCAUCAGGAUCUAAUUUACUUGUGAAUGAUAAUCACUCUUCUCUCUUAUUUAGUAGCAAAUAGUGAAUGUUCCUGCUCCUCA